GUCCUCCUCAUGUCUGCAUCCCUGUCAACAGACAUCAGUGGGCGAAGAGCCUCUCUUCUCUAUCCUGCUGUGUGUUGUUUGGACUGGUCGGCUGUCCUAGGUACUACUGUGGUGACUGGUCUUACAGUAAGCCCUCUCUGAGACAGGUGUGACCAACCAACCCUCUGCAAAAAGCUUAAAAGAUGUGGAAGGCUCAGAAAAGCAGGAAAUGGAAUAAGUUCAAAUCUCCACUCGAAUUCCCAUUGGAGGCAAAGUACAAGCCCCUUCUUGACAGCCUUCAGCCGAUCGCCCCCAUUGAUCGGUUCAACCUGAAGCGGGGCACCCCGGAGGAGGAGUUCCCCUACCUGAGGGACAACCACACCCACAUGGGACACCUUCUCACGCUGCCCCUCUACGCGCGCCAGUUCAACCGCGCCACCGACAGCGGCGUCCUCUUCGACGACGUCAUCCGGCCCGGCCUGGAAGAACCUGGUUCUCCUGGGAGUCACAUGGCAGUGGGCUGUGUGGCCGGUGAUGCCCAGUGCUACAUCCUCUUCUGUGACUUCUUCGAUCGCAUCAUCAAGUCGUACCAUGAGUACACCAUCCCUGGCACACAGGAGAGUGACUUCAACAGCGGCAACCUGAAGGGAGGAGAUGUGUUUGAUAGUGAGUAUGCAGUGAGCUGUGAGAUCACGUUGGCUCGCUGCGUAGAGGACUUCACCUUCCCCACACACUGCAGCAGGGGAGAGCGCAGGAAACUCCUCUCUCUAGCAGACAAAGCGCUGGGCUUGCUGUCUGAGGAGUGUCCUGGUAAGCUGUACUCGAUGGAGGAGCUGGGCGAGGACCCUGAGGGGCGGGGCCCGGGUGCCAUGACGCCCUCGCCGGCCAUGUUUAGGAUCGGGGUGGCACGGGAUUGGCCAGAUUCCAGGGCUCUAUGGGUGAGUGAGGAUGGGCAGCUGGUGAUCUGGGUGAACUUUGAGGAUCACCUGAAGCUGGAGUGCUGCAGGUCUGAUCCCAACAUCCGGCUGGCCUUCGACUGCAUCUGUGAAAACAUUGUGAGGCUUGAGAAAAUGUACAAAACUAUCCGUCGCCGCUUCGUGUGGAAGGAGCACCUGGGCUGGGUGGUGAGCUCGCCUGCGCAGGUGGGCACGGGCCUUCAGGCCAGCGUCACCGUGCGGCUGCGGCACCUGCCCACUCACAAGCGGCUGGAGAAUAUCCUGGACAGACUGCGCCUCCACAUGACUCCUACUGACCAGCCGGGGCUGUACCGAGUGUCCAACACCCCCACCAUCGGGUUCACGGAGGUGGGAGUGGUGCAGCUGGUGGUGGACGGGGUGAGCCUCCUCAUCCGCAUGGAGAAGAAGCUCCAGGACGGCGGCCAAUUGGACGACCUGGUGCCCACACAAAAGCUCAGCGGAUACACGGACAUGUACUCAUGAGCUGCUGGCUGUUUCACCUUCAUUAGCAGAGAUGUAUGAAGUAGGAGUAUAGGUGCACUUACAGUUUUCCUCGAUUGCUUACACACAAUUUUUGGAAUCAGCUCUCGAAUUCUCAAAACUCUACACACACAUCCCCAAAACUCCUCACUACCCCUGAAAAAUGGACGUCUUGUCUCAAAAUGAUAUACUCUCUUCUAAAAAGCUAAUUUUGUCGUCAAUUGAUACACACAGACUGUCACUACAAUAAACAUGUUUUAGAGCCAUUUGAACACUGUUGGA